AUGGCCGACUCGCUGAGAAGACUGGUGAACACUUGCACGUACAGUGUCCUACAAGACAAACUCGAGAGCUGGUACCAGGAUUACCAUCUUAGCUCAUGUGACCAGAACCUUAACCGCUGCUGUGAAAUUCUGGAGUUGACUUCUAAUGUUCAGGGACAGCUUUUUGGAAUAUUAAAUUUAACUGCCAAAGAAGGUGGCCAUUUUGCUGGAGUUGAUACACUUAAAUCACGUUUCUUACCAUGGCUGGGAUCUUGUUUUACCAUUACUUCUUCAGGAGUUACGAGUGAUACCAGUUUCAGUCUUAUUCAAGAGUCUAAAGAGAAGGACAUACAAAUAAGAGAGCUUUCAAUCUCUCAUGACAAAGAAAUGAAAAGAAUGGAGACGCAGCUAAACGUAGCACGUUCACAACUGGAGACGAUUAAACAAGAAUUAAGAGAUGCACAGAUCGAUCUGGAUGAAACCAGAAACAAAUCUGCAACAGCCCUUCUAGCGACUGAAGAUGACAUCUUUAAGUUGAAAGCAGACUUAAAUGCAUCACGAGAAGAGGCUGAAAUGUACAAAAGGAAGCUAGAUAUUCUAGAUGAUUAUGAGAGACGAGUAAGAAUGCUGAAAAAUGAAAUAGCCACCCUGUCUGCAGAAAAAUCUUAUAUUCAGGAAAGGAGAAGCAGAAGCCAAUCAACUAGCCCCUUGACAUGCCGGAGUCGAUCUCCAAGCCCACUUCCUUACCACAGGAAUGAAUCUCCAUCUUACAAAAGACUAUCUAAUGCUACCCGGCAGUCAUGGUUAAUUAACCGCUUCAAUGUCAUUUAUGAAAGUGAUCGAUUGGAUGCACAAAGUCUAUUGAGGCAGUAUAUCAAUAAUGUCGAGCUGGUGCAGAGGAUCAUUUUUACUGCCACAGUGGAAUCCUUCCAUUCUGCAAAGAUAGCCUUUAGGAAAUUCAAGUUGCGAGUCAGAAAGACCCUCGCUCCUUCUCAUAUAGGACCAGAAUCCUUGGAUAGUGCUGUGAUGGACUACAUUAUCCGAAAUUUAGAUCUGUAUGAUGUCCAGUCAAGUGUCAAUGAUGUUAUCCAUGCUAUGGAUGUAAAUCCAAAAAUUUCCUUCCCACCAGAAGUCGAUUACAACCUCAUCAAUAACUUCAUCCGAGAAGUUUGUCUCUUGGCUUUCUCAAUGCAGUCUCUUGAUCCUCCUCUAGACAUUGCAUUCUCAACAGAUGGCGAGCUAUUCAGUGAGCACAAAUACUGUCGUAGUCUUGAUUCAGAAUAUACUGCUCCUCUUGUCGCAUAUCACGUUUGGCCUGCCCUCAUGGAAGGAGAUGUGAUCAUAGUAAAGGGGGAAGCUGUCACAAAGAGGAGAACUGUGGUGUCUCCAAGAAGGAAUCGCAACAGAAGACGCAGUGACGGGUCAGUUCGUUCACGGACGUGCAGUCCCAACCAUGGAUUUUUACAGGAAUGCUAACGUAACAGUCAGUCUUUAUUUUACACAGUAUACUAAACUCUCCAGGAAGAUACCCAGUGAGGGCAACUGACUCUGCUGUUUUCACGCCAAGUCCUAUAAAGCCAGUCGCCCUGAAAGGAGGCAUCUCAUUUUGAGUCAAGCCAGACAAAGGACAGAACUCCGAGUAGAGACUGGAUCCGCUCAACCAAGCAGCACUAUUCAGUUAAAUUGAAGACUACAGCCCUUGUUUACGUUUUGCAGUGUCAUCGUGCAUUUUUUGUUUCUUUUUGUUGAAAGAAUUAAAUGGGAUGAUCUGGUUUGCGUCAUAACAUUUCUUUGAACCAGGAAUUUUGUACUAUUUGACCACUAAUAUAUAUAUACGUGUGUCAAGCCCUUGGGUGUGUGAUAUUUUGAACUUUUCAAUUUAUGGACAGAAAAGGGGUGGAAAGUCUUUGCUUUAAACCCUAAAAUGAAGGAGAUCCAACCAGAGAGAACUAGUAGAAUCAGUUCCUCCAUGCCUUCAACACUAUCGCUUCGAGCCUCAGAUGACUGAAGAAGAGCCAAACAGGAAGUCGUUGUCAUUAAUCAGACUACCACUCUGAGGAGCACAUUGUGGUUCAAGAGUGUUGUUUUUUAUCCCAGUUUAUUUUUUUUAAACAUUGGGUAUUCAGUUCUGGGGCACCAACAAUCUGAGGUCUGAACUUUUUUCUUAUCUUCCCUAUUUUAUAUACAAUGUGUUCAUUAUACAUUUUUUUUUCUUGGGACACAAAUAAUUUCCCUCUUGGUUUGUUGUUCAGCAGACUAUAUACUGUACUUAUAUUUAUUGGUAUGUACAUUGUUCUAUUUAUUGAUUGCAUUCUUUUCAAUAUUUCCUAGCUGAAGCUCACAAGAUCACAUUCCACAACUGACUUACUGAGUGACCCUGAGCACUCACUUAACCUCUCUGUAUGCU